UGUCAUGGUGAUGCCUUCUGUUCUCUCAGACAGAAACGAUUUCAUAAGCGGAGCUUUUUUAGCAAUGGGUAGAAACCCAUGGCUCAGCCGCUUUUGAGGCAGGGUCCAAUUAUUUCGUUAUGUCAUUUUUGUACGCGGAUUGAGAAUUGGGACAACUUUCCCCAGUGAAGAAGCGACGGGUCGCACAUUUUUAAAAUUCUAAUAUACGGCGUACAGCACAAGCUAAUGGCUACAAACAGCCCCUGUCUUACUUUAAACUCGUCAUAUACAAAGCAAGGACCUGUCACCGGAAGUUCAGAUUUUUAACAGCGGAAAAAUAAGAGGUACCGUUUAAUAUAGCUGUUCGCUUUCCUAGUCGGCUGGACAUAGCCUAUUCAUACUUUAUGAGGUACUGAUUAAUUUUUUCCGGUUAAAUAUGCUGCCUGCUUCGGUUUAUAAGGGCCUCUUCUGACUUACGCAUGAAUAUUUUUCCCUUAAGGCGAGUGAGCAUGCACACCAAGAGGGGGAAUGGAGAAUUUGGAAAAAAUGUGUUUUCUUUUUUAAACCAGUCUUUGUAAGAUGGUUGGCGGGGAUGGUAUAUCGCUUAAACACAAUACCAUCGCUCGCUCUUUUGCAAAAGGGAAGAUGGAAGAUGUACCAAUAGAGGGAAAUAUUUUGUGUUCCAAAAUGCAGGACAUGCGAGGAAGACGAAUAUAAAAGACAUGUAGCCUACAAGGGUGAUCUCGUCGCUUCAUAAGAUGGAUGUCAGGUCCGAAUAAAAUGAUGUUCUGGACAAGUAUAAAUGAUGCAUUUGAUUUUAUAUCUAGCGAAGCGCUAAUUCUAUUUUUUUCUGACUCACUGUAAAUCUGAACGACUAUGCAUCAUUUAUCGUCCGUAUAGCUUACUGCUUUUCUAAUUCGAUUAUUCAUUGAUACAUUGGUGAUCUGAGGGGAAAAGCCGGUCUGCUUGAUGUGGGUUGAUAUAGGGUGCACGUUGUUGACAGUACUAUGGUUGCACAGAUGGCGAACACAAGCGACCCGGGGGAAAGCAGCCCUUCGCUCCAGAAUUAUGCCAUAACUGCCUCUGCGGUGAAACUGGCCUCUCUCGGUCUGAUCAUCUGCAUCAGCAUGGCAGGGAACAUUCUGUUGUCUUUUCUGGUGCUGAAAGACAGCAGCCUUCACAGAGCUCCCUAUUACUUCCUUCUGGACCUGUGUUUGGCAGACAUUAUACGAUCAGCUGUGUGCUUUCCUUUCGUGAUGAUAUCCAUUACCAGCGGUUCCAGUUGGACCUACAGCAUCAUCAGCUGCAAAAUCAUUGCAUUUAUGUCGGUUCUGUUCUGUUUCCACGUAGCCUUUAUGCUUUUCUGCGUUAGUGUAACUCGAUACAUGGCGAUCGCGCACCAUAGAUUUUACUCGAAGCGAAUGACAAUAUGGACCUGCGUGGCUGUUAUCUGCAUGGUUUGGACCCUCUCCGUUGCCAUGGCAUUCCCUCCGGUGUUCGAUGUUGGCACGUACAAAUUCAUUCGGGAGGAAGAGCAGUGCAUUUUUGAGCACCGAUACCUGAAAGCGAACGACACCUUAGGUUUUAUGUUAAUGCUGGCAGUCAUUGUGGGAACAACACACGUGGUUUAUAUGAAGAUGUUGUUUUUUGUUUAUGACCACCGCAAGAUGAAACCUGCGCAGCUGAUCCCGGCAAUAAGCCAAAACUGGACCUUCCACGGACCUGGUGCCACUGGGCAAGCGGCCGCCAAUUGGAUCGCAGGAUUUGGACGUGGUCCCACCCCACCGACGUUGGUCGGCAUCAGACAAGCUUUGCACAAUCCCAACAAGAGGCUUCUCGUCUUGGAUGAAUUCAAGAUGGAAAAACGGAUCGGCAAGAUGUUUUACAUGAUAACUCUGGCGUUUCUCCUGCUGUGGGCCCCCUACAUUAUCGCCUGCUAUCUUCGAGUAUUCGUGAAAGCCAGCGCCAUACCACAAGUGUACCUCACUGCUGCGGUGUGGAUGACGUUCGCGCAAGCAGGGGUGAAUCCCAUUAUUUGUUUUAUAUUUAACAAGGAGCUAAGGGUUCGUUUCAGAGCCCGUUUCGAAUGCUGUUUGAGCACACAAACGCCCAUGGAGUCGUAUUGCGUUAUCUAAACCAUGUGACAGGCCUAUAUCACUGGAGUUCAGUUGAUUACAAUAAUUCAGAGACAAAUCUGUGCGCUUUUAAGUUUUUCUUUUUUUAGACGAUUGCUUGUUCCUUGAAAUACUUAAAAUAUUCGAUAUGCAUUAUUGUUGCGCUUGGUGAGUCUUUUUCUAUUUAUGUUGCCCCUUGGUUAAACCUUGAAGGCCAUAUUGCCCCUAGAUUAAACCCUGAAGGCCAUAUUUUUGCAAUAUCCAAAUUGCAGGUACUCAUGAAAUGUAAA